AUGAAGGAAAACGACGUCAUCGCCAUCAUCAUUAUCCUCCUCUUCAUCGUCCUAGCCCUCAUCGCCUUCGGUAUCUACAGAUUAGUCCACAUGGCCCGGGCACAAGGCACAGUCUCCGAAGAGAGCGGGACAGGAUCCGGUAUAACGGACGACGAACAUAUAGUUCCGUAUGAAGUAGCAUGCUUCGUACCGAACCCCAAUGCACACGUCAUCAUCCGUAUGCUGCAUACUGCGGAUGGCAUAAAACUAAAAGAUGCCAAAUCUGGAGUUUCCUGUUAUAUACUCCUAGCCAGGCCCGUCCUAAAUGGUAUCGUAAAGUUGAUGUAA